AUGGUUACGAUAUCAUUUAUCAUUCUUGCCAUAUUCUUCACGUUCGUGUCAUCGAACAAUGAACAUAAUAUUGUUCGAAUUACUGAUUCCGGUUCUACCAAUACUGCUGGUUAUGUAAUUGAAUUACGACGUGAUGGUCUCGUCAAAUGGACUGUUGCACCUCGAAUUCAUCUAACUUUAUCAACAACACCAAGUACUACCACUGCACAAAAUAGCAUUCAACUUUCGUUAUUUGCUACAAACAGUAUCUUUCAAGCUGUUGAAGAAGCUUUCCCAUUCAAUCAAUAUGCACCUAUUUUUUGUAUUAAAAGUGUAUCAUUUGGUACAACACUUCAUGUUACUUACAAUGGACAAGAAACACCAGACCUUAAUUGUCCACAACACGAUCAACGCUUAAUUGUUUUGAGCAAAUAUAUAGAUGAAUUAAUUAAAGACCUUCAUAUUAAUACAUUUGGUUAA